UUUCCAUGUAUUAUCCCUUUUGUUUAUCUUUCUUUAUUUUCGUUUUUUAUUGCUCUCUCUCUCUCUCUCUCUCAAGAGAGAGAUAGAGAGAGAGACAGAGAGGUAGAUAUAUUUAGAGAGAGAGAGAGAGGUCGAAAAAUGUAAUCUUUUCGAGGCGGUAAAGAGAAAGAAACGGGAUCCGGAGCUAAAGAAAAAGAAAGCUACGAAGAAGCCAUGAAGGCCGAGGAAGCAUAGGACCCAUCGAUGGUGGAGCAGGCGGAGGCGAGGGGAUCCGGAGAAAGAGGAAUGAGUGGAAGUGGCGAGGAACUGAAGAAGGGGCCGUGGACGCCGGCGGAGGACGCGGUCCUGGUGGAGCACGUGCGGCGGCACGGGGAGGGGAACUGGAACGCGGUGCGGCGACACAGCGGGCUGGCCCGAUGCGGCAAGAGCUGCCGCCUCCGCUGGGCCAACCACCUCCGCCCCAACCUCAAGAAAGGAUCUUUCGCCCCCGAUGAGGAGCUCCUCAUCCUCCGCCUCCACGCCCAGCUCGGCAAUAAAUGGGCACGCAUCGCCGCCCAACUGCCCGGGAGGACGGACAACGAGAUCAAGAACUACUGGAACACCCGCCUCAAGCGGCGGCAACGUGCCGGUCUGCCCAUCUACCCGCCGGAUCUGCAAGAGGCCGUCAGGUUCGACCGCCACCAUCAGCAGCAGCAUCAGGCUCCCAUAUCGCCUCGCCCGCUGACGCCGCCCCCGUUGCUAAAUCCCGUCGACUUUCACCCUCCGCCGCGAAUAUCCCUUCCACCGCUCCCGCAGAAUCCAUUCGCCUGUCAGCUCGGUUUCGGGUUCCUGGUCUCGCCCCUCGCGCCACCACCCACCCCGAAUUCUCUGUUUCAGCAGCAGCAUCAGAUUGGUCCGCCGCCACCGCUGUCACCAGCGUUCGCAGUGGAAACGGAGCUCCCUUCAUGCCAAUCGUACUCGGGGCUGGUCGGAGGGGACAACGGGCAGAGCAGUCGCGGGUUACUGGAGUCCCUGCUGCAGGGCACAGGCGUUGCCGAGGAUAUGAGGAUCGGUGAGCUGUUGGCGCUGCAGGCGGCGGACGAGCAGGUCGCCCGGUGGGCGCAAAUUUUCGGCGACGACGGUGACGAAGGGAUCAAGGAGGCCUCUCAAGGCUUUUCUUUGGGUUCUGCCACCAAGUUGGAUCGUGACAUGGGAACCGAGAUCAAAUGCGAGCCACCGGGUGGUGGCAGCCCCAUGAAAGGCGACACAUCCACGCUGCUCGACGUUCAAGCACUCACAAUGUCGUUGGUCCUGAAGAGCAAUGAGUUGGCUUCUCCCCUUUCCAUCACGUCUGCAGACGAAGACUGCAACAUCAGCUCAUGGCCAUGGAGCAACAUGCCCGGAAUCCGCUGA